AUGGCUUCGGCGGUAACCAAGGCGGCCCUCUCCCCGCCUCUGCGGAGGGCAUUCACUCAGUCGCGCAGCUUCCAGACGAGCACCAAGAGCCUGCUCCCAUCAAGCUUUGGCAUCGGUUCCAGCAUUCCUCCAUCCUACUUCCAGAAGCCUUCUCUCCCCGCCAAUACCGUGAUCCGCUUCGUCCCUCAGCAGACAGCAUGGAUCGUCGAGCGCAUGGGAAAGUUUAACCGCAUUCUCGACCCUGGUCUUGCUAUUCUCGUUCCUUUUAUCGACCGUAUCUCCUACGUCAAGUCGCUCAAGGAAGUCGCCAUUGAGAUUCCGAGCCAGAGCGCCAUUACGGCCGACAACGUUACCCUCGAGUUGGAUGGUGUUCUCUACACACGCGUCUUCGACGCUUACAAGGCUAGCUAUGGCGUCGAGGAUGCCGAAUACGCCAUUUCCCAGCUGGCGCAGACCACGAUGCGAUCCGAAAUCGGCCAACUGACCCUCGACCACGUCCUCAAGGAGCGCGCCGCUCUCAACACCAACAUCACCGCUGCCAUCAACGAGGCUGCCCAGGCUUGGGGCGUCACCUGCCUGCGAUACGAGAUCCGUGAUAUCCACGCCCCGGCCGGUGUCGUUGAAGCCAUGCACCGACAGGUCACUGCCGAGCGAUCGAAGCGAGCCGAGAUUCUGGAUUCCGAAGGACAGCGCCAGUCAGCCAUCAACAUUGCCGAGGGUAAGAAGCAGAGCGUUAUUCUUGCGUCCGAGGCCUUGCGCGCCGAGCAGAUCAACAUGGCGUCUGGUGAAGCUGAGGCUAUCCGCAUGAAGGCCAUGGCUACUGCUGCUGGCAUUGACGCCAUUGCGAAGAGCAUCGCCGAGGGCGAGGACGCGGCUAAGGGUGCCGUCAGCUUAUCCGUCGCCGAGAAGUACGUGGACGCCUUUGCCAAGUUGGCCAAGGAGAGUACGGCUGUGGUCGUCCCCGGCAACGUGGGUGAUAUCGGCGGCAUGAUCGCCACAGGUCUGAGUGUCUACGGCAAGGUCGGCGAGGCGCAAGCCAAGACGAUGGCGAAGCAGAUUGUCAACAACGAAGAGGCCAGCGAGAGCGAUGAGGACAAGCCUCUGAAGGAGACUGUCUUGGAGAGCUUUGACGAAGCGGCGGGAAAGAGAUGA